AUGGCUGCCUGGCUUGACCUCGUCAAAGAGAAUGAAGCUUGGGAUUUAGUUGAUACCAACCGCCUAGAACAACUAGUGCAGGGAUUACCCAAUCCAAAAUAUCAAUAUCCAUCCCUGCUCUACUUUUACGGAAAUUCAAACCGCAAGAAAGCCUUGCGGGCUCUGUUCCCCUACAACAACAUUACACGGAAAGGCCCCGCAGGCUUGAUCCGUCUCCAUCUCAGCACCAAGACCGCCCAUACACAGAAUCCGAUAUUGUUUGCUGAAAGCGGUAUAUGCCUCGAACAAAGCUUGGGUGAUUCCAAGUGGCUCAAGAAUUCAACGACAAAGCAUCAAACCUUCUCAGUAGCGGGUGCAGACGGAACGUUGACCCCUGCAAGGCUACAGCAAGAGGUCAAGAGGCAACUCGUUUUGCCAUGGACCCAGAUCCUGUGUUUAUUCCUCGAUUCCGUCCCGGACAUCCAAGCCGCAACAAACUUUCUACAGCGACCACGUCGACAACUUACCAUUGGUAACCAAGUUGUUCCCGCUCCCACGCAGAUAGUCAUUGUCUUGACCAACGGUCAACAUGCAACAAAGGCCUUCGCACAGGAAUGCGCACGGCUCCAAAAGCUCGAUACUGGGACAGUCACGAUUCUGGACCUGCGUCCACGUCACGGGCUUUCAGAUAGUGUCGUUUUCCAGCCACUGCAAACAUUGAUCGUUAAGCAGCUCAGUAUAGUCCAGGCCGAGCAAAUUUCCAAUUGUCGACGCUUCUCGGCGUCUCAUCUGAGCGCUUUCUGGAGCACGGGGGUACAAACCCACGAAUGGCUCCUGCAUGCACCACCAUUUGAUCUUUUGGAAAGAGCCCGAAGGGACUAUGUGAGGAACAAAAUGAUGGACGAUUGCCUUCGAGAGGUUAUGCAAACAUGCAUUGGCUACUCAAAGGAGGACUUUGAUGACCUUGUAGCCUCGGCCUUCUUGAUGGACGCCUAUCCCCCUCAAAUGCAUGGAUUCUCGCCUACCGUGGUGUUCGCUGAACUUUAUGAGAAGCGAUGCCUAAGUAUUUGGGACAAUGAGUUCGAAUACCAUAUUGCUAGCGUUUCAUCCCGCUUCGUGCAUGACUUUGCGCAAUUGAGCGCAGUAAAGACAUCGGCAGCCAUUCGAAAAGAGACGUUGUGUCGCUUGUAUCGCCAGUGGGGUGGUCUUCGCUCCACCACUACUUGUUUGGUCUGUCUGAGUCGACCCCCGGAGCAUAUGCUGCCGUGUAAACAUGCAAUAUGUGACACUUGUGUCGUGAUCUUCGGAAAGCCAAGUCGUCUUGGGGAUUACCAUUUCGAGAUUGCUCAAUGUCCCAUCUGCGAGGAGAGGUCCGACGUCACUGUUCGCCAACUGCCUCCAACGAAGCCCCCUGUGAUUCUCAGUUUAGAUGGUGGUGGAGUGCGCGGCCUGAUCCAACUGGGCCUUCUACGGGCUUUAGAAAGUCGCAUUGGCAUUCCGAUCGCAUCUUUGCCGGACCUGUGCAUUGGAACCAGUGUAGGCGCAUUGACGGCAAUUGACGUUUUUCUCAAUCAAUCUUCGGUCACACAAUGCUUCGGUGCGUUCCCGCACCUGGCGCGAAACAUUUUUUGUCAUUCAUCCGAAACCCCAAUUCCUCGCUGUAUCCGGUGGUUUGCCUCGGCGUUCAACUUGACCACAGAUGGCCUUUACGAUUCCGAAGGUCUGUCGAAGAUUUUGAAAGCAGCCGUUGACCCAUCUCGUCGCAUGUUCGAUGUCGCCACCGCCAAUCCUGCGGGUUGCCGGAUCGCCAUUGUAGCAAGCCGCACAUCUGAUGGUAAAGCCUGCGUGCUAGCCAAUUACCGAGGAACAAGUCCACGUUCCACCAAUACCGCCUACGAGUUUCUAACUCCACACAACGACCGACAAAACCCUUCCUUACUUGACGCCUACUUCCAACCAAAAGAGUUGCCAGGCCUUUGUCUGCAAGACGGUGGGGUCCGUGCGAACAACCCACUCGCCAUUGCUUUGCGAGAGUCGAGCAUCAUCUGGCCCAUGGCGAAACGACACGACCUUCUCCUCUCUGUCGGAACAGGCUUCUCCACAUCUCCCCCCAGUCGUCCAACGGGCAUACUGGGCCGAAUCUGGGAGGGGCCUCUUCCCCGACUGUUCCGGGCCAUGAUGUCCUCUCCAUCUAUGGACGGAAAGCAAGGGUUUUUGGAAGCUCUGAAUUACCUACCCCAUCUGUCGACGCCUGAUAUUUUCCGACUAGACCAGGCAAUCGAUGGGACGCUCCCUGAAUUAGACGAUGUGUGCUCGCUGGAAGCGAUGUCGAAUAUGGAUUUUGCAGUUCCAGCUGAGCUUGUGAGGACCAUUCUCGCGUCGGCAAUGUUUUUCUUUGAGUUGGAUGAAACUCCCAUCCAGGGUAAGGCUUCAUUUCAUUGUCGGGGGUCUGUUCUUUGUUCAAGACCAAAUCCUGCCGAGAUCUUGCAGCGGGUGCUUGUCGAGUUCCCCGGCGCAAGGUUUAAGUCUGGUCAGGACCUUGAUUUAGGAAGCGUAGAUCUAGUCGGCAGUUGCCGGUUUUGUGGAUACUUCAGGAAGCGCGUUGAUUUUCGGGUCACCAGCCUUGACGAAAUGGUCACAAUUGAAAUUGCCAAUGAUACCUUUCGCGAAAGGAUUGGUAGUUUCCCCAAAUCGGCGCAGGAAUUCCUCGAUGAGCAAAAGGCUUACGCCCAGUUCGGUCGCGCAGAUCAUCAAAAUCAAGAAUGGCCGCCGCAGAGAUCUUGUUACUGCUAUCGUGGGUCAAAGCGGGUAGUUCACUUCCUGGAACCUGCUCUGGGGCAGAAAAGGCGGCGGUUAUGA